AUGCCAUCACAUGCCAUGCCAUCACAUGCCAUGCCAUCACAUGCCAUGCCAUCACAUGCCAUGCCAUCACACGCCAUGCCAUCACAUGCCAUGCCAUCACACGCCAUGCCAUCACACGCCAUGCCAUCACAUGCCAUGCCAUCACACGCCAUGCCAUCACAUGCCAUGCCGUCCCACGCCAUGCCAUCACAUGCCAUGCCAUCACAUGCCAUGCCAUCACAUGCCAUGCCAUCGCAUGCCAUGCCAUCCCACGCCAUGCCAUCACACGCCAUGCCAUCACAUGCCAUGCCAUCGCAUGCCAUGCCAUCACAUGCCAUGCCCUCACAUGCCAUGCCCUCACACGCCAUGCCAUCACAUGCCAUGCCAUCACAUGCCAUGCCAUCGCAUGCCAUGCCAUCACAUGCCAUGCCAUCGCAUGCCAUGCCAUCACAUGCCAUGCCCUCACAUGCCAUGCCAUCACAUGCCAUGCCCUCACAUGCCUUGCCAUCACAUGCCAUGCCCUCACAUGCCAUGCCCUCACACGCCAUGCCAUCACAUGCCAUGCCAUCGCAUGCCAUGCCAUGCUUUACCAGCCAUACCGUGCCCCUUCUCCUGUCGCGUCCUCUCACUCUCACUCUGCCCUUGUCUUUCUUGCCUUCCUUGCUUUUCCUUGCGCGCUCCCCUCCCCUACGCACCCUGUUAUUUUGAAAAGGCCCACAUGCCCUCCCCAUUUCGAUUCCUCAUCUGCCUCUGUCACUUCAGACCAUGCUUUCGGUUGCUUCGUUUCGCCUCAUCUCUUCCUAGCCUUCCUUCCUUCCUUCCCUGGCACGCUCCCCUCCCUUCCCACCCCCCAUAUCCCUGGCAUGUUUUGAGACGUCUCAAAACUCAACUGCUCCCCUCCCUCCCACCACCCCCCCGUAUCUCUGGCAUGUUUUGAGACGUCUCAAAACUCAACUGCUCCCCUCCCUCCCACCACCCCCUGUAUCCCAGGCAUGGCUCGCCAUUCCGCGUCCGCAUCUGUCAACUCCUCACAUG